CAACUGCGGCAAUGUCGUCGACGUUUUAUCGACGUCCAACGUAACUGCCCGACCGAUCAUGGAGGAGUAACUGUCUUCCAUGGACCAACGGCUAUUUCUUCAACAUAACCAAAUUUCAAAUCCCCAUUCCCAUUUUUAAACCCAAACACGUCUCAAUUUAACCAAAUUUCUACAUUCAAGUUUCUCCCAAAAUUCAAAUUUCUUCUGAAUUUCUGAAACCACCCACCCAUUCAAGAGCAUACCCAAAUCCGCGAAGAUGAACGAUUUGAUGACGAAAUCGUUCUUAAGUUAUGUAGAAUUGAAGAAACAGGCGCAGAGGGACGCUGUAGGCAGUGGCGGCGACGGCUUCGACAUUGAAUCCGGUGGCCAAGAACUCAAUCCGACGGAAGAACAGAACCUGUCUCUGUUUUUUGAAAAAGUCGAUGAAAUCAAGACCCAAAUGGAAGAGACAACCAAUCUCUUAGUUGACAUUCAGAAACUAAAUCAAGAAGCCAAAUCAACCCACAACGCCAAAAUCCUCCGUGGAUUAAGAGACAGAAUCGACUCCGAUAUGGUUUCAAUCCUCCGCAGAGCAAGAAUCCUCAAAGAAAAAUUGGCGUCUCUCGACCAAUCCAACUCGGCCAACCGCCUGAUCUCCGUCGCAUAUGGCGAAGGAACCAUCGUAGACAGGACAAGAACUUCAAUCACGAACGGAUUGAGAGUGAAAUUGAGAGGAAUGAUGAACGAAUUUCAGGAGUUGAGAGAAAAAGUUGUGGCGGAUCAUAAGGAAGAUCUGAGAAGAAGGUAUUUUAGUGCAAAUGGGGAACAACCCAGUGAAGAGCAAGUGGAGAAGAUCAUGUCUGGGAGUUUGAAAUUGGAAAUGUUAGGAGGGAAAUUGAGUGAGACCGAGUCAGAGGACCGAGUCAGGCACGAGUCAGUGAUGGAUAUACAGAGGAGUUUGAAUAAGCUUCAUCAGGUGUUUUUGGAUAUGGCGAUUUUGGUUGAGAGUGAAGGGGAAAAGAUUGAGGAUAUUGAAGAGAAUGUGGCGAAAGCUGGGAAGUUCGUCAAUGGCGGAACUCGAAGCCUUUAUUAUGCGAAGCAGAUGAAGAGGAAGAACAAGAAAUGGGUGUAUUGGGUUUGGGCUAUCAUUUUUGUUAUAUUGCUUGUUUGCAUUGUUUCAAUGUUGGUUUGUUGAAUUUUUUUCUCUCUCUUUUUUAUUUUCUUUUUAACUUUCCUAAACUCAUAAAUUGAGAAUUUUGUAAUGGAAACCUUUUCUUUUCCCUCUCUCCCUCUCCAUAAACAAUAUGUAUAGAGAUUCAUAUUUUGUAGUGGAAG